AGCACACACACACAUGCCUCUCUUUUCUCUCUGCGUGUGUACGUUGGUUUGCGUGAAGUACAAAAAAAAAAGUAUUUUUCUCAAGAAAAAACAUCUCCGCAAGCAACGCCAUUAAAAGACGGUUUUCGCACGCUUUUAUCGAGUUCUUGUUGUUCCGCACACACACAGACAGACACACACACACAUCCAUGCGUCGGCGUGCGUUUCACUGCCUGCUGCCGGGUAGCCGCGGCGCCGCCGCCUUCUGUGCUGCUCAGCGACGCCUCACCUCUUCCUCUGCCUUUUCCUCCAUCGCGGCCCGCCUGACCACCGGUGCCGUGCCCACCCACGCGGCGUCGACGGCAACCUUUUCGUCCCCGUUGGUGCUGCGUCGUCAUGCCGGCACGUCCGACGCGGUGUCUGGUAGCGGCCACCGCCACCACCACCGCCGCCACGCCGCCGCCGCUGCCCUCUCCAGCUCCUGUCGCCACUACAUGCCUCUCCCACGCGACCAGGACGACUUCUCCGUGUACACGGAGAUCGACCUGCCGACGGAGUCGCGCAUUGACUCUAUUCGCCGCAGCGGCCUCGCCAAUCAGGAGUGGGUGGCGUGCGAGAAGGUGCAUGGCUCGAACUUCGCCGUGUACCUGAUCGACGAGCACGAAGUCCGCUUUGCGAAGCGCAGCGGCAUUAUGGACCCGAACGAGAACUUCUUCGGCUAUCACCUGCUCAUCGACGAGUUCUCCGCGCAGAUCCGCCUGUUGUGCGAGCUGUUAAAGCAGAAGCACCAGAUCAGCGGCCGCAUGGGCCGAGUGAUUUUGCACGGGGAGCUGUUCGGCGCCAAGUACAAGCACCCGCUCGUCCCCAGAAGCAGCCGGUGGUGCACGCUGCCGAAUGGAAAGAAGAUUCCCAUCUCGGGGGUAGAGAUCCAGAGUGAGCCGUUCCCGCAGUACAGCCCGGAGCUGCACUACUACGCCUUCGAUGUGAAGUACUCCAUCUCCGGCGCGGAGGAGGACAUGGUGCUGCUGCCCUUCGACGAGUUCAGUGAGGUCUGUGCGAAGGUGCCGGGCCUGCUCUUCGCGAAGCCGCUCGUCCGCGGCACGUUAGAUGAGUGUCUCGCCUUCGACGUGGAGAACUUCAUGACCCCGCUACCGGCGCUGUUAGGCUUGGGCAACUACCCGCUGGAGGGGAACUUGGCGGAGGGCGUCGUCAUCCGGCACGUCCGCCGCGGUGACCCCAAGAUAGAAAGCACCGCCGUCUCCACGAUUAUUAAGCUGCGCUGCUCGUCCUUCAUGGAACUGAAGCACCCUGGCAAGCAGCAGGAGCUGAAGGCCACGUUUCUCGACACGGUGCGCGCCGGUGCGCUGCAGCGGGUGCGGAAUGGAAAGACGAUUACGGUGUUGUCUGACUCGAUGCUGCCGAAGGUGGAGGCGGCGGCGAACGCGCUGCUGCUCAACAACGUCAGCGAAGGCCGUUUGAGCAACGUGCUCUCCAAGAUUGGCCGCGAGCCCCUUCUCUCCGGCGAAGUCACCAAGGAGGACGUUGUGUUGAUGCUGGCGCAGGACGCGCUGAAGGACUUCUUAAAGGAGGGCGAUGCUGUUGUGCUGAACACGACGCUGUCGUUCCGCAAGACGCUUAUCCGCAACGUGUACUUUGCGGCGGAGGAGCUGCUGCGGGAGGCGUGGCGGCACGUUAUGGACCGCGAGCGCGCCGCGCAGGCGGAGGCGGACGCUGCCGUGGCGGCGCAGGCGGCGACCUCGUAG